UUACAGGAUCUUUUAGGCAAUGCUGAUGUCACACUGGACACACAAUUUAAGUUUUCACUCUGCACUGACAUAAUAAAUGUAAGUAUUAACAUUUGUAAUCAUGUGAGCAAUGUGAAUGUAAGUAUUCACAUUGUAAACAAUGAAAGCAAUUAAAACAUAGAUCUACACAUUUAAAUUGAUAGACCUACACAUUUAAAUUGUUUUAAAAAAAAUAUUCAAGAAGGAUAAAUUUGCUGUUUUAUCAUAAUAGAAUUUUGAUCUUAAAAAGACCCCUCUCCACACACAGUUAUCUGUUAGCCUUUUGAGUGACCCUUCACUUCCCUCCCUUGUGCUGCAUAGGGUGUAGUUUGGGAAAGUCAGAAAUAAAUGAAAAAUCUGAUUAGAGGGGAGAAGACGAUAAGUCUCAUACCAAAGUUGUCAACAUAUUAAUGGUAUACACAAGCCAAAAUAGGAUACUCAUGGGUACUGUUGGUGUGACAUACAGUACAAUGUAAAUAAGAAGCAUUAAAAUAAGAUGACAACAAACUAACAUUCCAAGUGGUAGCUGAUUUAUUUUCAAUGUUAUAACAAAAAAUGAGUAGAGUUCUGCAAUUUCUACUAUCUCUACCAGGGCCUCUGUUACAUUCAUGAGUCACCGGUCAAGUAUCAUGGUCGACUGAACAGCGAGGUGUGUUUGAUAGACAACAGGUUCUCUGUCAAAUUGACAGACUUGGGCCUCCCUACCCUAUACAGCAGCUUCAAUGUUGAUGUCACCAGCCAGGAGUUUAAACACGGUUGGCAAAAAACUUAGAUAUUUGCAACUUUUCCCUUUGUUUGAUUUCAUGCUUAUAUUCUCCCAUAAUGAAUUUCAUUUUUAAACUUGAUUACAGAAUGUAUGUGGAAGGCCCCAGAAGUGCUCAGGGGUGGGAGGUUCAUGGCUGAGACUAAAGAGGCUGACAUCUACAGCUAUGCUCUAAUUUUACAGGAAGUGAUCACAAAGGAUUCACCAUACUCGGUGGAGAGUGUCUACCUGACCACAGAUGGUGUGUAAUGAUAUAUAACUUAAAAAAUCUGGUUUGCACACAUGUAUGAAAGUAGCGCAAGAUAGAGAGACAAGCAAAAAUGGUCAUUUCACAAAGUUUUUAUUCCCAUUUAUGACAUUUUAAGUUUUUUAUACUGGGAUAUUAAAUAUUAAUCAGAUUAAUCAUUUAUAAAAUGCGCGUCUCAAUAAAAAUAUAACCAACGAGCAUUUGUUUGAUAGUUGAUCAAUGCUUGAAAAAGAACCAAUGUAAUAUAUAUAAAUAUAUAGUGUAAUAUAUCCAUAAUGAAAUAGUCCUGAGAAAAAAGCCUGAGAUACUCAAUUAAAAAAUAAGUAGAGUAAAUAAUAUUGUUUAAGAUAUUUCUUAUUAUAGAUCUUACUUAAUCUCAAUCUCAUUGUUUUUAAUAUAAUUUCAGAAAUCAUUCAAAAAGUUCAAGCAGGAGGUAACCCUCCUUUCCGUCCCUCAACUGAACUGCCCAUCAACAUGAGUGGAAUGCAAAGUCUCAUUGAGAGCUGUUGGGCAGAAGACCCCAGGCACAGACCCACCUGUCAGUCUAUCAAAGCAUCAAUCAAGAAAAUAGCCAGGUAUUUUUUCCCCAAAAAAUAAUUUAAUUUUGUUCAACUAAGAAAAACAAAGUGCAUUCUUCUUGACAAUAUUUGACAUGAGAUAGGUGUCAUAGCUUGCACGUUCAAAACCUACGCCUCAAGAUGUUCCAUUCACUACUACCGGUACUUUAUGUGAGGGUCAGUUAGUUCUCACGAUACAGUUUAUCUAGGACAACAAAAGCAAACUAUUUUCAUUAAUUGUUCAUUAAUGACACAUCAAUGGGAAUCAAUGGCUUCAUCAAAAUAAAAAAGGAUUCCAUAGUUAAACUAAACGUUCAAUAGGGAUUAUAAUAUGAAUGUAAGAUGUAGCACGGACCAGCUUUACAGUUUUACAAAAAUGGACUUGAAUGAAUUUCUUGACCCUGACUCCAUAUCUGAGAGGGGCCACAAUUUCCUAUUUCGUGGGGGAAACAAAAUUAAAUUUGUAGGUGCAUGAACAUGAGCAAACAAAAUCAGUUUUGCGUUAGAAACUUAUUCAACUUUGUCAUUUGUGUCUUGAAGGAGAUUAUUUGGCAAUCUCAUACUACUAAAGUAUUCACAUAAUAUUCUACUGAUGUCUUUUAAUUUUGGGGAAAUCUAUUGUAAUGAGUUAAUUCACCAUUAGUUUUAAAAAUCACAAACAAGAAUUAAAUAUUUCUUAAUACAACCAUAUAGACAACCUCAAUGGUUUCAACCUGAUAAAAGACAAUAUAAAUUUAGAUAUAAUAUAAAACGUGGUAUGUAAUACUUAAAAAAUACAACAUGAAAGUGACAUUAGCUUAUUUAAUUCAUCUUGAAUCCAUUAUUUUAAGAAUUUAAGGCAAUCACAAAGUUAGAAAAUUUGUUUUAUUACAAUUUAUUUUAAGUUGCUGCCCUUGCUUAGUAAAGUGGUGAAUGCAAGAUUUCUACAGAAUUCUAUAGAUAGCUUGUGAUUACGUUGUAAAAGAGUUGAUAACCUUGCCCCCCUGCCACCUCCUGAACAUUUCCAUCUCAUCCUAAUAAAUAUCACUGGGACAUUUUUGUCUAAUUUUGAGAGCAACUGUCUUGAGUUAAUAAAAAAUCAUUUUAGUUCCCUAGGUGAAACUGGAAGUCUUCUGGAUAACUUAAUGAGAAGGAUGGAGAUGUAUGCCAACAAUUUGGAGAAAAUGGUAGAUGAGAAAACGCGAGAACUGAGAGAGGAGAAAAAGAAAUCUGAGGAGCUCCUAUACCAGAUACUGCCAAGGUACUUUAGUUUCAGGUGCAUCAAAAUAUGUUUUAAAAGAAGAACAGCCUUGUUCAUAAAUAAAAAAAUGAAUGGCUGAUAUGGAUUAUUCAUUAAUGUAAGUCAUAGAAUAAAGACAAGCUAUACAAAGUAAAGGAUUUAGAUUAAAUCCAACUAAAGUGAGAAAUAUUAGGAUUUUCACAAAACUCCUAUCGACUAAUAUUUGUCAUAUUUGAUACCAUGACAUGCAAAAUAGGUUGCAAGAUUUCGUUAAUUCAUUAAUACUUAAUAGUAAUAGAUUCCAUAACUAAGAAAAUUGCUAAACUGAUUUCACAGACCUUUUUUUAUAAAUUAUGUAAAGUACUGUUUUGCGAUACUGAAUCAGCACACUAUGAACAACCUUAACAGGAGUGUGGCUGAUCGCUUGAAAGCUGGUCUCAGGGUUGAACCCCAGGCUUAUGAAUGCGUAACAAUCUACUUCAGCGACAUUGUGGGAUUUACACAGCUGUCAGCAAAGUCCUCACCAAUGGAAGUUAGUCAAUAAAAAUCAACAAACCGUUUAAGUUUUCUAAAACUUGUCUCUUUUUGUCUUUGCUCUUGAAAUAUACAGUUAAAAAAAAUAAUAAUUUACACCAGCAGUAUUUUGAUCUAUUUAAAAAAUAAUAAUUUUUCAUUUCUUGAUGGGAUGUCAAAAAAUUGACAAACUUACUUAUCAUGAACUUUUUUUAAUAUCUGUGACCUCUGUCCAUCCAACAUGCAAUUGCAAAAGCAAAGUAAGCCUCUUAAUCUUAGUUUGGAACAUUAAUGGAUAUAUUUUUAUCUCUAGGUAGUUGACCUCUUAAAUGACCUGUACUCAUGUUUUGAUGCCACAAUCGAAGAAUAUGAUGUGUACAAGGUGACUGGGACAGUUUCUGAAUUUUAAUUACUUGAUCUUAUGACUAUAUAUAUAUAUAUAUAUAUAUAUAUAACCUAUAUUGCAAAGUUGUUUAUUGAGUUAACUGUCAUUAAAAUUAUGAAAAGUCACUCUAACAGAUGAAAAAAAAAAGAAAUAUUUAAUGAUUAAAUAUUUUUUGUUAAGAACAAUCCUAUUUUCAUUUUUAAAAUGUAACAUUCUUUCUUUUUACAAAUCAUGUAUUUUGAAAGGUGAAGCAAGGGCAGCAACUUAAAAAAAUUGUACUAAGACAAACUGUCUUACAUUGUUGUGAUUGCCUUAAACUCUUCUUAAAAUAAUGGAUUCGUGAAAAAAUUAAAUGAGCUUUUGUAAUUUUUAUAGUGAUUUUUAAAAGAAUGUUUUAUAGCAUGUUUUAUAUAAUUUCACAAUUUUUAUUGUCUUUUAUCAGGUUGAAACCAUUGGAGAUGCUUACAUGGUCGUGUCUGGUUUGCCGCAAAAAAAUGGCAACCUUCAUGUUGUGAACAUUGCCAAAAUGGCCAUUUCAGUAAAUAUCUUUGCUUUUGAUAUAUAAAUAAUCCAUAUAAAAUAUAUAUAUAAAAUAAAAAUAAUAUACAUUAUAUUUUUUUUACUGUGUUAGUUUCAUGUUCUUAGUUAUAUCUUGUUAAAAGAUUUUCUAAAAAUAUAGUGACCUUAAUACCUGACAAGCACUUUUUGUAACUUGAACCAAAAGCCUACCUCAUCCCCGAUGCAGAUCAGCUUGCUGCUUUCUACAGGAAAUAGCUUAUAAUUAUAAUCAAUUCGUUAUUCCUAAAAUAAGUUGACCAUAAGUUGUCAUAAAAAAAUUUAAUGCAAAAUAUUUUUGCAAUAUUUUUAAUGAAGAAAGAGAAAACUUUAGUCAAAUGAGUCAGUAGAUAGUGUUCAUAUUUUAGUUUAAAAGUAUUGUAAAAACUGCGCCCACCACAAGAUAUACCUACAGCAUUAGCUGAUAUGUUACAUUAAGAAAUAGCGUCAGCAGGGCGAGUCUAAGACUCUUUAUGCCCCCCCCCCCCAAAUUACCCCUCCCCGGUCCGACGUAUCGGGCCGCGGAGCGGCACGUUGGAGAUGCCCACUCGUCAGGACGGCCCCUCACCCAAGUCCCUAAGAAAUAGCGUCCGCAGGGCGAGUCUAAGACUCUUUAUGCCCCCCCCCCCCCAAAUUACCCCUCCCCGGUCCGACGUAUCGGGCCGCGGAGCGGCACGUUGGAGAUGCCCACUCGUCAGGACGGCCCCUCACCCAAGUCCCCCGCCUGGGCGCUCGACCAGGACCCCGCCUGGGGGCCGCCCCAACCAGGAGGCACCCGGUCGAUCCGACACUAUGCAGUGCACUCGAUCGACUUUCUCUAGGAGUUGGGAUGGAAAAAUUUACGUUCUUAUAUCUUCCCCCACCCAUUCCGGGAAAGCGUCGGACGCCCUAUAAGAGGGAUUCCACAGUGGGUUUCCACAACGUGACUAGUUCACGCUGUAGCUGGGACGAAACGGUUGCCUAGGGGCAGCGUUCUCACGGCUGCAUUUUUUUAAUCCUCGGCCAGAGGUUACCACCCUUGCCUCUGGCCUCAUACCCGUCAACGGCAACUUGUAAUCAUGAUCCCUACCCUGGCUCUGCCUAACUUUCCGACUGCGAAAUGUCACAACCGGCAGCCCUGUGGGAGCUGUUUUAUGCACGGCAGGUACCAGCACACCCUUUGUCUGCCCACGCGGGGUGUGCCCAGUAGUUUGUUUCCAGGGAAAGAAAAUUAUCAGGAGUAACUAAAUAUGUGUUCUAAACUAAAUAUUGUUGAAGUAAAGAGCCCUAAAUGUUUACAAUAUGGAUGAAUUUGUUAAAAUAUAUUUUCUACAGGUGUUAGAAAAUAUUUCUGAAUUUAAAAUCCGCCACCUGCCAAGGGAGAGAUUACAAAUUCGAAUAGGCCUGCAUUCAGGUAAUACAUACAAGAUUCUAUUGGGGAAAGAAUUUUCAGUUGAACGUCAGAAAACAUAAUUUAAAAUCUUUAUCUAUUUUGUUAAAUUUGUUAAACUAAUUUAAAGCUUUUACAAGUUUUUGUCACAAGAAAAUAUUUGAAAUCAAACUGGCGCAAAUGAGAUUAAUAAGUGAUAUUUUUAUUUCAUUCAUCAUUGCUUCCUUUACAGGUCCAGUAUGUGCUGGUGUUGUUGGCCUGAAAAUGCCAAGGUAUUGUCUUUUUGGUGACACAGUCAACACAGCAUCUAGAAUGGAGUCUAAUGGUCGAGGUGAUUAAUUACUACCCUUAUUGUUUACAUUUAGUAGGUCAUAAUUGCUCUGAGUUAAAGAUGAUUCGGUAUUAACCGCAUUUACCUGAAAUCUUGUUGAUGUGCCUGUUGUACAAUCUGUUUGAAGAUAUUUAUUGAUAUGCAUCAUGGCUGUAUCAAAUCAUAACCACAUAGCAAACUCUAAAUCUUGGGCUAAGUAAAAAAGAUAGGUAAAACUAUAAAUAAAAAUAAUGAUAAGUGGGUAACACUAUAAAUGAGCAUGAUACGUAAAGCCUUAUUUCCUUAGUGAUAUAUGUGAUUUUUAAAUGAUCUUUGGAAGAUAUUUAUUUUAGAUAUUUUAAUGUUAUUUCUAUUUAAAAUUAUCUAUAUUUAUUUAGUUUAUAUUUUACAGGAACAAAAAAUUAUAAUAGGCUAAUAUACAUUGCCUGAAUUUUAUUUUGCAAAGCCAUGAUGAUUCAUAUCAGUCCUUCGUGUAAAAAGCUCUUGGAACAGUUUGGCACUUUCCAUAUUCAACCAAGAGGACGCAUUUCUAUAAAGGUGAUUUGCUAA